CAGACAAAGGGCUUCAGAGGGACACAGGAGCAUUUGAAGAAAGACUUGGGAAAUAUUCGCUCCAGUGCUGACUGGAGAGCUAUGCUAGUCGCAGCCUUGCGGACCCAGCUAGACUUGUAUUUGGAUGUGGAUUUAAACAGACAGCUUGGAUCUAUGCGCGAACAUGUUUAGAAGGUGGAUUUGUGUGGUCUGCCAAUAGAUCUCAGCAAAUUGGAGGUCACAGAUCAGACAAUCCUGACUGUUCCAGAACUGUGGUGAAGAAGUGCUGACCUCUGUCCUACUUUCAGCUUGGUACUAUGGGAUCAUCCACAUUGGGAAAGGCAGCAUCUCUUAAUGCUCUUUUAAAUGAAUGCAUUCAGGCAUUUGAUGACAAUGGGGAGCUGCAGGGCAACCUGCUUCCUCGAACACUACUGCUGAUGCAUCGUUGGUAUGUGACAUCCUCAGAGCUGGCAGGGAAGCUACUGAUGAUGUACCGUGACUGCAGUGAUGACAGCUGCCAGGACACCAGACUGAAGAUUUGUUAUUUAAUGAGGUACUGGAUCGUGACAUUCCCUGCAGAGUUCAACCUGGACUUGGGUCUGAUCAGAAUAACAGAGGAGUUUAGGGACGUGGCUGCUCAGCUCGGCUGUGAGGAUCAUUUCAAACUCAUAGACAUCUCCACCAUUCCAUCAUAUGACUGGAUGCGUAAGCUGACCCAGCGGAAAAAGCAGGCCAAGAAAGGCAAGGCCUCGCUACUGUUUGACCACCUCGAGCCAAUGGAGCUGGCUGAACAUCUCACCUUCCUAGAGUUCAAGUCUAUCCGGAGGAUAUCGUUCACUGAUUACCAGAGCUAUGUGAUCCACGGCUGCCUCGUAGACAACCCAACUCUGGAGCGUUCCAUUGCGCUGUUUAAUGGUGUGUCUCAGUGGGUCCAGCUCAUGGUGCUCAGCAAGCUAACCCCUCAGACCCGUGCAGAAGUCAUCACCAAAUAUAUCCAUGUGGCUCAGAAACUUCUGCAGCUGCAGAACUUCAACACUCUGAUGGCGGUGGUGGGGGGACUGAGCCACAGCUCCAUAUCUCGACUUAAGGAGACUCACUCUUAUCUGGCCCCAGAGGUUGUGAAGAUCUGGAGUGAGAUGACGGAGUUGGUGUCUUCCAGCAACAACUACUCCUGCUAUCGCAAGGCCUUCAGCGAGAGUCAGGGCUUUAAAAUCCCCAUCUUGGGUGUGCACCUCAAAGACCUCAUUGCAGUGCAUGUUGUCUUUCCUGACUGGGUUGACAACAGUAAUAAAGUGAACCUGGUGAAGAUGAAUCAGCUUUACAUGACCUUCAAUGAGCUGGUGUCAUUGCAAAGUGCAGCAGCUCAAGUGGAACCCAACAUGGAUCUCAUCUACCUGCUAACGCUUUCUCUCGACCUUUAUUACACAGAAGAUGAGAUUUAUGAGCUGUCAUUGCUCAGGGAACCACGUAACCCAAAAUCAUUGCUGUCUUCUCCAACGACUCCCAAUAAGCCCCUGGCCCCACUUGACUGGGCCUCAGGUAUCACCACCAAACCAGACCCCUCUGUAGUCAAUAAACACAUCAGGAAGGUCGUGGAUUCUGUCUUUAGGAAUUAUGACCAUGACCACGAUGGAUAUAUUUCUCAAGAGGACUUUGAGAGCAUCGCUGCCAAUUUUCCCUUCCUGGACUCCUUCUGCGUAUUGGACAAAGAUCAAGAUGGACUAAUCAGUAAGGAUGAAAUGAUAGCCUAUUUUCUUCGGGCUAACCCACUGCUCCAGUGUAAGAUGGGACCAGGAUUCAUCCACAACUUCCAGGAGAUGACUUACCUGAAGCCCACUUUCUGUGAACAUUGUGCUGGAUUUCUCUGGGGAAUCAUCAAACAGGGCUACAAGUGCAAAGACUGUGGCGUUAAUUGUCAUAAACAGUGUCGGGAGCUACUGGUUCUGGCCUGUAGGAAGCUGAUCCGCUCCGGCUCUGUGGGCAGUGUUUCCCCUGCCAGACUGACCCACAGCUCACUACCCAGCAGCCCUGCACUGCCCACCUGUAAAGAUGAGGAUGAGGUGUUUGAGUUUCCAGCUGUCACAUCAGCAGGUGCAGCUCUGGACACUCAGUCCAUCACCCUGAUGACUGGUUCAGCCCAGAGAAUAUCCGUGCGCCUCCAGAGGGCCACCACCAGCCAGGCCACCCAGACCGAGCCCCUGUGGCCGGAACACAACUGGGGGGCCACAGAUGGCGGCUCCCAUACCUUCCCUAAAAUGAAAUACAGGACUCACAGGAAGACAUCUAAAAAUAAAGGUUUUGCCUGCUGGGAAAACCAAAAUGGCAGGCAGCACCAGACGGAUUCCCCACGGUGCAGUCUGGAGUCUCAAGAGAAGUUAGACAGCUCAGGGGAGCUUGUAAAGAACGGGAUUACACUCAGAGAGAAGGACAGCUGACUUGGUGAGGGCCAAUCCCGAAGGUCCAGAAAGCCCCUGGCAGCAGGAACCAGGAAGCUCUUCUCUGUGGGGGAGGUGCUGGGCUGCCUGAGGUCCCCCUUCAGUGACGUGAAGUUCUCGUGGCCUCUCUAGACUUCAGCACAGACCGAGCUAGAGGAGGACACUGUGUAGCUGCGAUCAGGGAGGGUAGCUCAGUGGAUAACUGACCAACACCCACUGUGAAUUAUGUGGAAUGCUAAGAUGUAACUUAGUUGUGGGUAUUGGUCCAGAAUGUACAUAUAAUCUGCACUGGAAAACGUGAGAAGAAGAAGAAUAUUUUAUUCCUGACAGAGGUGUAGAGCUGGUUUAGUUUAGUGGCUAAUGCUGGCCAGUUACUUUAUAACAGCUAGGUUUAAAGCCCAGCUUGGGUUCACUAUGGUAAAGUAAAAUCCUGCUUGAUCUUAGGUUACCAAAAAGAAAGUUCUUCGUGGUCACUUUCCAAGUUGGAAAGUGCAUGUCAGAGACUAUGUAGAUAUUUGUAUGUGGGGCAGUAAAUAAAGGGAAAGUCAAGUUGAAAGUGAAAGUUAGGGGCAACCAACCAACAAUCAAAUGGGACCCUGGGAAUGAACGAUUCUGCAAAGUAUACAUUGUUUUUUUUAACAUAAAGUUUAUUUUAACUUUAUUUUGACUUAGGGGUGCAGGGGGACUGGAGCUUAUGUUUCUUUCGAUCCAGCUGAUAUUUGUACAUGCUGGACAAGACAACAGUCAAUCAAAACACACAUAAACAAGCAACUAUUUACAUUCACAUUCAAGUCUAAAGUCAAUGGACUGUUGGAGGAAGCCAGAGUAAUUUAAAUAAAGAAUGCACAGCCAAAGUGCCAACAGGAAACUGUAUUAAUGUGGAAGAUCUGCUGUUAUCAGUUGCUAUCAACAAGCCAACCUAUGGGCCCAACAAUAUGACAGUAGAUUGUCACUGAGAAACUGAUUGAAAAAAAAAGGAAGAAGCUCCCUCUCACCUCACGAAAACUCAUCACGGCACUUGUGCGCUGCCCUCUGGCAGGCAAUACUGAAAUACAAUAAACCUUUUUGUGUGCUAUGAUGAGUGGCAUGACAAGUUACAGUGAGAAAUUAUUUAUUCAGUUAUAAACGAAAAAAAAAAUAUUAUUGUGGCUCAGUAAAUAUAUACAUAAACAGAAAAUACAUAAAGCGUGUGUGUUAAUGCUUUAAAAAGCACAAUACUUGCAGAAGUACAUUUUGUCUCUUUCAGUUCUUCCAUCCUGGAUGAUUUCUCUCAUAAACAAGUGUGUAGAUCCUCCUCACAGAAGAUUCUAUUCAGCUGCUCUUACUCUAGUGAAGUAGCAAGUAAAGUAAGCAUCACAUUUAAUUUCCCUGUUGUCCUCUUCAAAACCUUUGUGUGGUUUCUGCUGUGUGUUUUUGAUCGUUGUCAUGUUCUGUAAACCUUGAGAUUGGGAUUUGAGUACAAACCUUCAUAAUUCCAUCUAUAAGCAUCCCCCUGCACUAUUUGCUCCUCUGCAGUCCCAUCAUUAUACUCAAUGUGGGCACUGCAGUCGCUGUGGUGAUCCUGGUCAGGUCCAGGCCAAACCUGCUGGACUUCAUCUGACAUCAUUAAUGUUAUCUUGGUUUCAUUGAACCAAAGAAGCUGCCAACAUUCAUCAGCCCUAUUAUCUGCAGUUUUGUGAAGAGUGAGUAACUGUUGGACAUUGUAUGCAGAGGCUGUCUUUAUGAUAAGUCCUCCACAUUGAUCAGUCACUAAGACACCACUUUCAUUAGUCAUGUGUCUUGUGCCAAAUCAGAAUCAUCUGUUUAUCAGUUCAAAGUUGUAUAAACAGGGAAUCAUGUGUCUGCUGGACACUGCACCUUCUCCUACUGGUUGUAUGGCUCUUCUUGUUUGUCCUAAACACUGAUGUUGCUGUGUUUCUAUGGUAGUAAACUGCUAAAAAACUGCUAUAAUUAUACAUAAGA